ACACAUUCAUACCGCCAAAAUGAAUGAGAGACAGGCUCUUCAUUCAAUUAUGAAGGAUCUGGUGGCCCUGCAAAUGACCAGGCGCCAGUCAGCAUCAACUCAUGACACGGCAAAACCUAAACCUGUCAGCACUGCUGGCUCUUCCAAAAGAGUGGAGGAUGUCAGGAUUAAGUUUGAGUUCUGUGGUGAAAGAAGGAUUCUGAUGUUUGGGCGGCCUGUGCAGUUUGAGGAAGUCCAGCAGAAAGUCAAAACAUUCUUUGGUCAGCAGUUAGACCUGCAUUAUAUGAAUAAUGAGCUGUCCAUUCCCCUGCGUGAUCAGGAUGACUUGGAUAAAGCCAUCGAUCUGUUGGGCCGCAGCUCUAACACGAAGAGCAUCAAGAUCAUGCUGCUGACACAGGAACAAAGCAAUGCCUCUUCUCCUUCUCAUCACACGUUGUGUAAGCAGGUUCGUAUAAAAACCUCUCAGUCCACUGGUGAUGUCAGUACUGCGUACCAGUCCUCAGAAACAAGAGGACACCACCACUCCACCAGCUCUCAGAACACUGGCCGAAGUUCUCCGCCACCUGGUUACGUUCCUGAGUGCCAACAGCGAAUCGCACGUCAGGGAUCGUACACCAGCAUCAACAGCGAGGGCGAGUUCAUACCUGAAACCAGCGACCAGUGUGUGCUGGAUUCUUGGAGCAGUGCAGAAAACUCUGUGUCUGGCAGCUGCCAGUCAUUGGACAGCAACUCUGACAGUCCCUCGGUCAGGAAACCUCGUACACACAGGGUUAAGAGUUACCCUGACAAUCGACAGGACUGUGCAGACCGGGAAAACCAUGUUUAUGAUAAGGUUGUAGGGAAGGGAGGGACGUUCCCUCGCAGGUAUCAUGUGUCGCUGCAUCAUAAAGACCACAGUGAAGGUCGACGGACCUUUCCACGGAUCCGUCGUCCCCAGGGAAACUUGUUCACAUUGGUGCCAUCACGGCGCUCACUGAACGGCAGUGAGGAGAGUUUGGGGAGCCGGCAGCUGGUUGAUACUCAAGCCAGACUCCGCCCACAGGAGCGCCCGGUCCCUCAUAAGUCCCCUACAGCUCCAGUGACGUGGCGCAGGGGGAAGUUGCUGGGUCAGGGUGCUUUUGGAAGGGUUUAUCUGUGCUAUGAUGUGGACACAGGCAGGGAACUUGCAGCCAAACAGGUUAAUUUUGACCCUGCCAGUCCAGAGACCAGCAAGGAGGUGAGUGCUUUAGAGUGUGAGAUACAGCUGUUGAAGAACCUGCAUCACGAGCGAAUCGUUCAGUACUACGGUUGCCUUCGAGACCAUAUUGAGAAGACCCUCACCAUUUUCAUGGAGUAUAUGCCCGGGGGUUCAGUCAAAGACCAGCUGAAGGCUUAUGGGGCUUUGACAGAGAAUGUGACACGCAAGUAUACCAGACAAAUUCUGGAGGGCAUGUCCUACUUGCACAGCAACAUGAUCGUCCACAGGGACAUCAAAGGUGCCAACAUCCUGCGAGAUUCAGCCGGCAACGUGAAGCUGGGAGAUUUUGGUGCCAGUAAGCGGCUUCAGACCAUCUGCAUGUCCAGUACUGGGGUCCGUUCUGUUACUGGAACGCCGUACUGGAUGAGCCCAGAGGUCAUCAGCGGAGAAGGGUACGGCCGGAAGGCAGACGUUUGGAGUCUAGGCUGCACUGUGGUGGAGAUGUUGACAGAAAAGCCCCCGUGGGCAGAAUUCGAGGCCAUGGCAGCCAUAUUUAAGAUUGCCACUCAGCCCACCAACCCCCAGCUGCCCUCUCACAUCUCCGAACACACUCGGGACUUCCUCCGCUGCAUCUUCAUGGAGGCCAAGUACCGGCCGAAUGCAGAGGAGCUGCUCAGACAUCCCUUCUCCCAGAUCGUCUGCUGAGGUUUCCAUCUAGCUUCCUCCACCAGUUGAAACACUCAUUUUUCUUGUUAAAGAGUCAUAAGAUCAGCUUCAAAGGCAAUCUGCAUUUCCACAACAUGUGAUCUGCCAGCACCCAAUCUGGGUUGUUGCCAGGAUUAAGUGGAAAAACUGGUUUAUUCUCUAAUGGUUUGAAAUGUGAUGAUGUCUCUGGGACAGCAGGGGGAGCUACAGGACUUUCGGGGUGCACAGGCUCUUUAUUACAGAAAUCCACAGAUUGAUGGUGUCCCAGGAUUAACAGGUGCAACAAACAUGACACUGUUUGAGUCAUUGAGCUGCUUCGAACCGGACUGUUUCUUACAACAACUGCCAAAUGUGCCUUCUAAAGCCAACAGGGUCAAUCUCACUGACCCCUAAACAAGUUUUUCAGACAUGAAGAAAGCUUGUUCCUGCCUCAUACACACAUCAGUCUCGAAUGUUUUGCAUUUGUGAUUAAUCGUGUAUAUAUAUAUAUAUAUAUAUAUAUAUAGAUUAAUCUAGAAUUGCACUUCCUCGAUUUAUAAUUUGUAAGAACUGUUUUAGUCUGUUACAGAAAGCAGCUCAUUUUUUGGCUGAGGUCAGAUGCCGAGGGUCAAGGCAUGAGGUUAUAGUGUUAUAGUGGUUGAAGUUUAAUGCGUAGUUUUGUACCGCAGUAGUGCCUUAUAGUGCCCUGUAGAGAGCAGCAGUGCAGUACUUAGGAUGCAGCUAGUCAAUGGUAUUCCUAUAGCGAUGAUGAGAUGUUACAUUGGGAAUCUCGUAAGGGGUGUGUUAUCGGUUAUUUUGUGUGUGGUGAGAUAAUGAGAGCACAUUAGCUUGAAUAUUAGUUUUCUCUCCUGCCCUGCCAAAGAACAUGUCUUUAGAAAGUGUUUUGCCUUAAAUGGCUUUUGGCAGAAUAUUGGACUCAUUUGGAUCAGAUGCACUUUUGAAUAUGAAUGUUGAAUAUACCAAAUUGUUCAUUUGUUACACAGAAUGUGAAGCUUUUUUCACUUUUAUUUAUGUCCCAAUGGUUUAUGUCAGCCAUUUUUAUAUACGAGUAGAUAUAUGUGUGUAUAAAUCUAUUUUUAUAUAGUAACUCUGAACCGAGUUAUGCUUUUAGGAACAGCAGAUGAGUUAGAAACAAGAAUUGUAACAGCAGCUGGUUUUGCAGAGACUACAACAUGAUUUUCCAUGUGUUUAUUACUGGCUGGAAAUUGAGCUCUGGCGGUUUAUGACGCGCAUGAUCUGUGCAAGUCACAAGUCUCCCGUAUUGUGUUUUUUGUGUUUAUUGUGUGUCUGUUUCUGUCUGCUUUUUCACCUGUGGAUAUCAGGGAGAAUCUCACUGCAGACAGGACUUUGAUGCAGGUUGUCACAGGAAGUGACCAGUGCCUUGAAUCAUUCUCAGAAAUGCAUGUACACACAGAUAUUCACAUUCACUGCCACUUAGGAAGGACUUAAUAUUUGCCAUGUGUAUUCGGAGUGACAGUGUUGGAAGGGAAAAAUAAGAUGUUGAAAAGUAAUAUUUUGUUAUUAAGUUAAGAAAAUGAAAAUGGUAUUAAAGUUAAUGUACACUACUAUUCACAGUUUGGGGUCGGUGAGAUUUCUGUGAAAGAAAGAAUAUGUUUAUUUAGCAGGAUGCAUUAAUUGAUCAAAAGUGACUAAAGAUUAUUUGUAAUGUUACAAAAGAGUUUAUAUGUUUUCAGCAUAAAAAUAUUUUUGAUCAUACAAACAAAUAAGCAAAUGAUUUCAGUAGGAUCAUGUGACACUAAAACCAAGUCAAUUCAUUUUUGCCAUUACAGUAAUAAAAAACUGUUUUUGGUAUAUUUUUGAUCAAAUGCAGCCUUUUAAAAAAACAUUUAACUAAUCUUUCUCACCCCAAUCUUCUGAAUUUUUGGAUAAUUCUGAAUUAAUUGGAAUGCAGGAAGUGUUAUUACACUGAAAGUACGUGAGACUAGGCAUGUUUCUGAGAAACUCAGAAAAGUGUGUGUAAAGGCACGAUGCUUUCUUUGUAAAUGUAUCAUAGGGUAUUGUUCAAGUGAAAAAGGUAGGUGGAUGCCAGGGGCGAAUUUCCACUCAGCUUGACGACUUUGUUUAGCUCAGGGUUUGAGUGACAGGUGUCCGUCAUACGGGCACACCAACACUGACCGCAGGACCACUUGUCCUUCUUUUAUAUUGUUUUGAAAGUAUUUUGGCCUCUUCACAAACAGUUGAAUGGCUCAAAUAUGAUCUCAAAUAGCUGCUAGCUUGUAUUUUGGCAGCUAAGAAUCAGUAUUGUACCAAAGAUUGAGAAAUGUUAAGUCUAGUUGAGAACCCUGGGAUAAGCAAAAGAAUACGAGCCAAUAGGUUAGAUACACAAUAUAUGAUUAUGUUUAUAUAUCUUGACAUGAGACUUGCAGUGCAAAGUCCAGUGUAUCAAAUAUUUUCAA